GUCAUUUAGUAGGCAGGGAGCAACCCCUUCCAACCCUCUGCAGCGGACAGAGAGGCACAAAGCUCGCUCCCUACCCCCUCUCUCUUUCUUUCUCUCUCGCUCAUUCAGCAUCUCUCUCCUUUCGGAUCUUUAUGAAGCUUGUGCGCAGUCCGGAUCCCUGAGGUUUGCAGCCCCGGAGUCGGUUCGGUUUCCUCCUCCUCCUCCUCGCCUCUCGAUUCCGUCAAGCAAAUGGCAACGAAAAUCGACAAAGAAGCAUGCAGAGAAGCCUACAAUCUCGUAAGAGACGAUGGCACAGAUGUCAUCUGGGUGACUUUUAAGUAUGACGGUUCCACCAUUGUCCCUGGAGAUCAAGGAACGGAAUACCAAGGAUUUAUAAAGGAAUGUACAGAUGACAUUCGAUUGUUUGGGUUUGUCCGAUUUACUACUGGAGAUGCCAUGAGCAAAAGAGUGAAGUUUGCCCUAAUCACUUGGAUCGGUGAGAGUGUCAGUGGACUGCAGCGAGCAAAGACCGGGACGGACAAGACUCUGGUGAAAGAAGUAGUACAGAAUUUUGCCAAAGAAUUUGUGAUCAGUGACCCAAAGGAGCUGGAGGAAGACUUCAUCAAGAGUGAGCUGAAGAAAGCAGGAGGAGCAAAUUAUGAUGCUCAGACAGAAUAAACACCCCCUGCUUCAGCAGCAUCUGCCUGGACCAGGAAAGGGAAGAGCCCCGGCAAGCCACCGAACACCAAAACAGGGAGAUGAGAUGAGAUCACACUGCUUAUUUGUGGGCACAAAACUCCCUUCCCUGCUCCCCAGAAAGGACGUCCCUCCUCCACCUUCCGUCCAACAAAACCUUUCUUUUCUUAAAAUUAUUUUGUACGUGUACUCACAGACCUAUGCUGAUGCUUUGCCCUGGAUUAUUUUUUUCUUUAGGGUUUUGUUCUGAACCUCUCUGCUCCGCUGCAGUCUUUUUUUUUUAAUAGUAGCCUCUGCUUCAUUCUUUGAGGCCCACUCAUGCUUCCAUUUACCAACAAGAAAAAAACACUCCGGGAGCUGAGCACUAGGGGUUUAGUAGUUUCUGAUAUUCAUGCAAUAUAUUCACUUAUUUCCCCAAAGGUGUAGACAAAUUUGAUUCACUCUGGAUGCACCCAGUUAAAUUUACCAGAACAUAAAAGUGUUAAAUGGAAAUACGUUGCUUAGCAGUUAAAACAGUAUCUUCGACUCUUAAUAAACAGGAAGACAUUAAAUUUGCCUUAAAACUUGCUUGAUAGCUGCUCUGCUCUGUGCACUAUGCCUGUCCAAAAAUAAGCCUGCAAGUUUCUCUUGAUUGGAAUCUUGUUAUGCAAACCAGUAAAGGUGCAAACCUCUGGCACUGAGUCUUAUAACAAGCGGAUACUGGUUUUAUGACAUAUAAUUUGAAUUUGUUAAUGUGGCAGGGCAUUAAGAUGAAGGCCCAAGAUGUGAUUCAGAUGCCUGGUAAAUUUGUCUUGAGACAGGCCAAAGUAGCUGCUGCUGAGACUAGAAGCCUCUCCCUACCCCUUUUUUGUUAACUUUUACAAAAAUCAGUUUUAAGUCCCAACGCAGAUCGUUAUUGUCUUGGCUCAUGACCUAGAUAUGGAGCUUGGCUGUUCUGUUGGAACACCACCAUCCGUGUUUAGUAGCUUUAGCUCAGUUCUGGGAAUUUAAUGGUUAAAAAAAAAUUGGCAUGGGCUAAGAGACACAUUUCCUGUUUCCACAAACACACACAUAUCACUUAGGGAAAAACUGUACUGUAUUGGGGUUUGGGACAAAGUGAGCGCUAAAACAAUUUACAAAAAUAAAGAUUUUUUUUGGGUUUUUUUUCCAGAAA